AUGGAGUGGAAUUUGAAGGCUGCAUCGGAUUGGGACUGGGAUAACAUAACUGGGUUUAGCUCCAAGACAUGUGGCACUGAGAAACAAGUAAAGCACUUCUUAACCCAUGAUGAUGCUGAAGAAGGACUUGGAGGAAUCAAUAGUGGAUACAUCUACUCACCUGGAUGUGGUGGUGGUUUUUCAGGCUCUGAUUCAGGACAUGGCUCUUCAUCUAAGAGCUCUGUGGAAGGACUUCCUGACUAUAUCAGUAAGAAACAUUUGAGCAUCGUGGGAAAUGUUGAGAAUGUUUCGACCAUGGAUGCUUCUGCCAGCUCUGGGGAACAAGUAAUUGGUCUGAAGCUUGGUAAACGGACGUACUUUGAAGAUGUAUGCGCGCCUGGAAAUGGCAAGUCAUCAUCUUCAUCUGCUUCCGUGAUUGCUAGCUCAUCUGUUGCUGCUGGAAAGAGAACUAGGGCCUCGUGUCAGAGUUUACCAUCACCAUGCUGUCAAGUUGAAGGAUGCAACCUUGACCUCAAGUCAGCUAAAGAUUACCAUCGGAGGCAUAGAAUAUGCGAGAAUCACUCAAAAAGUCCCAAGGUUAUUGUUGCUGGCCUGGAACGCCGGUUUUGCCAGCAGUGCAGCAGGUUCCAUGAGUUGUCAGAAUUUGAUGACAAGAAGCGAAGCUGUCGUAGACGUCUGUCCGAUCACAAUGCACGUCGUCGCAGGCCGCAGCCAGAGGCACUCCAAUUCGGUUCAACUCUGUCUGCAUCGAUAUAUGAUAAUAGAAGGCAGAUGAACGUUAUGUGGAAUAGGGUUCCUUUACCAGCUAAAAGUUUCACCUGGCCAAGUAGCUGUGGGCUUAAAUUCACACAAGAAGGAGAUCCUUUCCAUAGAUAUGCGAAAACAGAAGGCAUUAGUAGGCAGAUGAGUGACUUGUCUAAUGAAUUGAAUGACUCAACUUCUGCCUUGCCAAUGAUCUCAGACAAGGGUCUGUCUUUCAGGAGCAGUACACCUCAGAUCUUUAAUCAAGGUUUCGAGGGGUCUGCAGUAACUUGCAACCAAGAGAUGAACCCUGAGUUAGGGGGUGCUCUCUCUCUUCUGUCAACCACUUCCUCCUGGGGUAUGAAUGAGCCUCCUGAUUCAGCGCCGUUCGACCAGCUUAUGCUCGUGAACGAAACAAGUGCGGGCCAGACGAUGAUGCACGCAGAACCGCAGAGCUGGUCGCUCUCAUCAUCAGAAAAUGCGCCAAUGGAGUCCCGGGUGAAUUCGUUCGAUUUACAAGACAAUGAAAGCAUCAGUUUCCAGCAGUUCCAGCCGUUCAAAGCACCUUAUCACUCCAACUGCUUCUACUCUGAUCAGAUGGACUAAGCUAUUGGAAACUGAUGCUUAGUAUGCUGAUCCAUGCUAUGAAUUUGUUGAUUCCGGUGCUGCGUUGUUAACUGGUUUUCUAAGCAAGCCAAAAACCAGUUGCCCUUCUCCCUAUCCUCACUCGUAGUCAAUUGUUAAUUGCUGUUGAACUCAGAUUUUACUUUCGUUGCAAACGUUUGGUUGAGCAGGCUUAGAAUCCUCUGGUUUGACGUCAAUUGUUUAGGUGAAUGAAUGUUGGGUUCACUUCUUGAUCAUGGGAUGUGGGAUGGUUAGUGUUCCUAGCAAGUUGCGACUUUAUCCAAUGUGGUUCCUGGAUUUGGCGAAAUGAAUAAAAUUUCAAAGACAAUCAACGAUGUUAAUGACUUCUGUAUCA